UGCAUGAUUCGUGAAUUUGCAGGGUAUCGGUUUGUUAUUCGGAGGCAAGGAUUUCGGUGGAUGAUAGAGGAGUACAGUGGUGAAAACACAAGUUGUUGAAGUUUGGACUUUGGGAAAGGGGAACAUCUGGGGAGGAAAAAAUCUAGUGAGAUAAGGACUUUGAACGAAGAGGAUUGGACGAGAGGAAAAGGAAGAAAUCUUUGCGUUUGAGAAGUCGGAGGUGGACAGUUUAUAUUGGAUCUUAGGGGGAGAGGAAAAUCGUAUUGGAGAACACAGCGAUGGAAAGUUCAUGCUGAACUUUAGGAAAAGGAGAGAUUUGUAUCGCAGAGUGCAGUGAUGGAAGGAGGAUAUAUUGGAUUUAGAAGAAAUUAAUUUGUAUAGGAGAAUAACUUUGUGGUGGGGGAAGAUUGCAUUAAACUUUAGAAGGAAAAACUUGGAAUAGAGAGCACAGUGGUGAGAAACAGAUCAGUUUGCAUUUCUUAGGAAAAGGGCGGAUCUUCGUUGGAGAAUGUAGUAGGAAAAAAGGUCAUUUUGGAAUUGAGGAAAGGAGAAAGUUUUCAUUAGAGAACAUAGUGAAAAAUUUAUAUGGAACUCUGAGAAAAAAGAAAGUCAUAUUGUAGAAUAUAGUGGUGAAAAGAAGGUUAUUUUGGACUUCGGGGAAAACAAAUUUAUGUUAAAAAACACAGUGGUAGAGAAUUUACGUUGAACUAGAGAAAAAGAAGAAAUUGGGGAACAUAAUGAUCGGGAGAGUCUUGUAUUGAGCAUCGAGAAAAGAGAAAAUUUAGAUUGAAACGCAGUGGUCUUCGAAAAUCAUUUUGGAAUAUUUUAUGUAAGAAAAUAUCUUGAAAAGUCAAUUUGUUAAGAAUCCAUUAACGUAAAUAAAACUAUCGUCCACCAAAUUUUGGAUAUUUUGAUGAAAUAAUCUUUCAAAUCUAUUUAUAUAGUAUUCCAAAUUCACGUUGGACUCUGGAGAACCUUAAAGUAGCCACACGUGCUAAAUAAAGCUAACACCAAUGAUAAUAAUAAUCAAAAAUAAUUUCUCCUAAAAAGAAAUAUCCCUACAAAACGCAUUCUAAAAUAUCCUGAAGGUAAUAUUUCGAAAAACCAAAUAAACCACAUUAUGGGAGCGCAACAAAAUGAUCGGUGAGGAACCAGUCCACCGCCAAAUCGUGAGUGAUUAUGCUUAGUGUGUACCAGUGACCGCGCUCCAAAGUGCUCGACCCGCCCAUCAUCUGCAAACGAUCUUGUCGUUUAAACCCCGGUUUCCAGUCCCGGCCGAAAUUUUCCGCUCAUUGCCGAACUAUGCGUGGUGCGAGAUGGUGUGUUCUCUGACCAACAAUAACAACAACAACACAAGUGGUAAGAGCUGCACGGACACGGAGCCCUGCACGGACUUGCAGUCUCGUUCGAGCCCAGAGGCGCAGCCAGGCGAGAACAUGUCGUCGUUGAGCGACGCUCACAGACGGAACAGUCACUUGGAAGGCGACAGAAGUUCGUCUGCGGGUUCAUCUCUGGGCUCGUGUUCGCCGCCUCCUGCAUCCAGCCACUCGCCACCGCCUCCUAGACCGCCCUGGUUGCACGAUUUUCACGCAGCAGCCGCACCUCAUGUUCUCCAAUUUUUAAAUCUGAGCGCCGCCGGUGGAAGCAUGUUGGCCAGUCAGCCAUUGGCAGCGUUGCACUCUAUGGCUGAACGAAGUCACCAUCAGCAACAUCAGCAGCACCAGCAGCAACAACAGCAACAACAACAACAGCAGGUUCAUCAUCAACAGCAACAACAAGCUGCCGGGAUUCACUUACCCAGGAUCAGCGUUCCAUUGUCUACGAUCACUCAAGGGCAGGCUUCACCCACUGGAAGUGGAAAACAUAGUCCUGCCACUUCUAUCACCUCCGUCGGAAGCAAUCCGCAUGGCAUCGACACGAUAUUGUCGCGGCCGGCGGCCACGCAUCCUCAAGCGCCUGUGUCCGCCACACAUGCCGCGCUCCAGCCGACGCCGCACCCCCAACACAUGACCGCGCCGAGGUACGGCAUGCACGCGGGAUUCACCGCAUCGUCGGGUAUCGGGCAAUUCCAACAAAGAACGGAGCCACGGCAUCCUGCUGUCUAUUGGCCAGGUCUUCAGGGAUUAGUCAGUGAUCCCCUGGGAUGGCGAGCAAGACUACACACACUGUCGCAACAGCUGGGUUGUCAGCAAACGAUGACAGGCUCCGGUGGAACCGGCGAACACGAGGGCGGCAAGAAGAAACACACCAGGCCGACGUUCAGCGGCCAGCAAAUCUUCGCUCUUGAGAAAACGUUCGAGCAGACGAAAUACCUAGCUGGACCAGAACGUGCUAAAUUGGCCUACGCCCUGGGCAUGUCCGAAUCGCAAGUCAAGGUAUGGUUCCAGAACAGGAGGACAAAAUGGCGGAAAAAGCACGCGGCUGAAAUGGCGACGGCGAAGAGGAGGCAAGAAGAGGUCGAGGGCGUCGUCGCCGAGGGUGAGGAUGGUUGCAGCGACGCGGAGGCUGAGGGAAACAGCGAGACUGCAGCGAAGAGGCUGAGAAGGGAGCUCGAGCAACAAUACAGGCAUUAAAACACGCGAAUAAAGAAACGAAAUAAAAGAACGAAUCGAAGGACUAGAUUCACUAGAUAGAUUCGUAAGAGGAUGUGAAAGAGUACGUGGCAAAGAGAAUUUUAGAAAAGGAACAUCAAGACACACCGAUCGUUAAACAUUCCCCUUUUCUUUAUUUCUCAUUUUUUCAACGUUCUUCACAUUGUCAAAAGAAGCUUUAAGGGAAGUUGACUUCACGAAAGACGAAGAUUUUCAACCGGUUCAAUAAUAAUUCUAGCGUUAAAAUGUUCUACCAAUUGACCUAAAAUAAUUCAAAGAGUAAGUUGCUGCAAAAGAAUUAUGGUUUUUUUUCAGUUUAAAUUUGUUAGAAAAUUGCUAUAAUAAGAGACGUCCACGUGGUUGUUCUAUGGAAAGGGAAAAAAGAAAAUGCCUCGAAGCGUUCGUUUCAAUGUGUUAAAUAGAAGAGAAGAAAAUUUGUUAAAAUGUCGAUAUGAACGUGACGCCACCAAGACUGACGAGUUGAAGAAAAAUGACUAUCCAUACGAUGAUCGAAGAACUUGUCAAUUUAUGUGAAAAAGAAGAUAUUCGAAGGCUGACUUCAUCUAACUUAUAAUAUUGUGCCGUUAAAACGUGUUAACUUGUACAGAAGCGUUCGAGGAGGAUGUAUACGACUUUCUAUAUAGAUAUGAAUUUAUUAUAUAAUUGAUGUUAUCAAUUAAUGUAAUUAUUAUUAAAGAACCAAAGAUCGACGCGUAUUAGUUAGAAAGAAUAAUUCGACUAAUUAAUUUUUAUACAAAAGGGAAGAAUUGACGUAAAUAGUUGAAAAAUAAAUUCAACUGAAUGCCUGGUGGUUGUAUUCGAGUAAGAAGGAUCGAUACGUCGAAUUUUCGCAAGAUAAUGAGUUUUAGUGGCACAAUUGGCGAGAUUGCUAUUUUCACAAGUCCAUUUAUCUAAAUGUUUUAAGUUAACGAACCGCUGAGAAAUAUAAACGCAUUCCUCUUUCUUUCCGACAAAUCUCACCGACGAGUUUUUAACGUUUAUAGAGCUCUAUCGUCGUUUGUAUAUAUUUGUAUCAAGAUAAAAUUAUACUAUAACGAAAGGAUCGUGCCGUCUGGACGUACGUUGCAAGAAAUACACGCAAAAUUAUUAUAUUAUAACUGAAUGACAGUAAUUUAUACGUAUGCGAUUAUUUGCAGGAUCUUCAGAUUAGAAUAAAUAUUUUACGGAUAUCGAGGGGUAAAUUUCUUUUAUGGCAAUCGGCAAGGAAUUUUUAAGGCAAGAAAAAGAAGAAGUCUCUUUGUGGUGAGGCACAAUCAUGUUAUCGACAAAUCAAACUUUGUAUGUUUAUCGUGUAGAUCGAAAAUAAACACGGUUGUUGUUAUAUAGUUUAAUUAGUCGAGAAUUAGUAAUAGAUCUCGGCGGCUGAAUCUAGUCAUGUCUAUGUUAAAAUUGUCAUUUCUACGAUAACGAUUAAGUUACAAGGAUUGUAGGAAAUUUUAGUCAGGGUAAUAGCGAAAUCGCGAUUUUCGAAAACAAUAAUGGACAGUUUGAAAAUUGGAGAAUUCGAAAAAUCUACACAUACAUAUUGGAACUCGAGAAUUUCCAAAAGUUUCGAAUUUCAAGAAGUUCAGUGUUUGUAAAUGUAGAAACUGAACAGUUGAAAGAUUUAAGAAUUGAAGAAAUUCUACGAAUUUAAGGUACACGUUUAAGGAUAUAAAAGUUGGACAUUUUAGGGAUUACAAAUUUGGGAAUUUGAGCGUUUAGAAAUUUCAAGUCAAAAGAUUUCAGAUAUCUGGCUAUAAGAAUCUGUAUAUUUAUAAAUACGUACUCUACAAAAUUAUAAAUCUUGUAUCAUGCUAAAAGCAAUUUAAGCCACUUUUUCUGAAUCUUGCCUUAAAAUUAGAGCGUUUCCAGCUAAAGAGAAAUUAUGGUUCCACUAGGUCGAUCAAUCCUGCAAGUAAUUAACUAUAAUAAUAAAAGAAACGCCGGUAAGCUCGUAUUCAGUUAAACAGCACGUGUAUAGUAAAUGUAUGCUGAGUAAUCAGACAAGCCAUUAACACCACCACUAUGAGUAUAAAUAUAUAAAUAUUCAAAUAAAUUAAACGCGAAUGUGAAACGAACGAGAAUAAAGAUUCAAAGGAAAUGAAAUAUGCGUAAGAGGUAAAUGAAUCGAACGAUUCCCCUUAAGAAUUCUCUAUUUACGUCCCAGUGAACUAUGCCAAUGAACGAAUAAGCGAAUUCAAAUGAAUUUUGUAUAUUCUGUAGAUACGAUAAACGUGAAUGUGAUAUUUAACGUAUUUAAUAAGAAUCUGACGUAUAGAUAUACAUAUGGGACGACUUUCGGGCGCAUAGCUGAUAUUUUUAAACGUAUUUUAUAAAUUAGCAAAAUUCCAUUAAUAGUAGAAAUCAUAUAACAACUAUCUUCUAUCUUCUUUUUCUCGUUUGUUACAAGUGGAAAAAAUAGAAACCAUACGAUUGCCAGAUCGCGUAGAAACUCCUCUGCUUCUAAAGAACAGACAAAAAUUAGUAAAAUUCGUUAAAAUAAGAAGAAAAACUCGAGAACCAGGACGUUCGACGUUACAACUAAAAAUGUGUAGAUUUGAGAUUUCCAAAGUUUCGAAAUUUGUAGAUUCGAAAAUGCACAGGUUUCCUGAUCUGAAUAUUUUCGAUUUUACAAAUUUCAGAAUUUGAAAAUCCAGCAGUUUGAAUCCAAUCGGAUUAAGGAUUCCAUAAUUCUCUUAAGGAUUCCAUAAUUUGGUAUUACAAAAACUGUAGGCAUCCUGAUCGCCCGUUAUAUCCGCACUCGAAAUGAUCAAACUACUGAAAAAAAUUCAUGCGAUCGCCCGAAACUCGUCCAACGAGUAAAUAGGUGUUCCCCAAUUAAACUCGAAGGAGGAAAAAAAGCGAAAAAAAAAUAGGAUCGUAGACGUACACGUAUACAUAAUGUGUAAUCGCAGGAAGCGUGCGACUAAAGGCAAAGUAUUGGUUACCAACGAAGAACCGGAAGUCACGCUAAGACCUUCCUGAUACCCGAAUUAACGCGUAUUCUGAAUACUCUCGGUGUAUCCGAUAUUCGUACGAUGAGAAUCGAUUUUUAAUUGUAAAGUCGUGGCUGGUCAACGAGUUUCGAAAUGGAAUAAUAAGAAAUGUAACGAUGGAAAAAAGGGUCGAGUGUACUAGCGUACCAGUUACUCGAGCGUUCAACGUGUUAUUGUACAGUAUUUAGAUAAAUUGCUAAGCGCGAACGAGGUAGAGACAAUCUGUAUAAAGUAUUGUAUAAAUUAUACAUACGUGUUAUCUAUCGCUUGUGUAUUAUAUCUCCAAUUUAAUAAAUGGAACACGUAUUACGGUAAUUAUAAAAAC